CCAGCCCAAUACUAAGACAGUACACAUUUUACCGUCCACACUCUCCCUCCUUAGGGUUCUUCUCUCCGAUCACUUCUCCGACGCAGCAGGAAAUGACAAACUUCAGGAAGCUCGGCCGGCAUGCGGGUCACCGUAUCUCCAUGCUCAGGACACUGGUGUCUCAAUUGGUCAAGCACGAGCGUAUAGAGACCACCGUCACUAAGGCUAAAGAGGUGCGUCGUCUUGCUGAUAACAUGAUUCAACUCGGUAAAGAGGGCUCACUCGAUUCGGCAAGGCGAGCAGCUGGUUUUGUAAGAGGAGAUGAUGUCCUUCACAAGAUUUUCACUGAACUGGCUUACCGAUACAAAGAUAGAGAUGGUGGAUACACGAGAUUGUUACGUACUCGCAUUCGAGUCGGUGAUGCUGCUCCAAUGGCCUAUAUCGAGUUUAUAGACAGAGAGAACGAGCUUAGGCAAUCGAAUCCAGCAACCCCUCAACCACCACAACGUGUGCCGUUGGACCCAUGGGAUAAAUCCCGCCUCAUGAAGCAAGUUGCUCCACCUAAGGAGGAGAAGAUCUCUGAUACCGAAUUAUAAUGUGGAAAAUAAUUACAAUCUUCUUUCUGCAUCAUCCACUAUUUACCAUAAUAUGUUUUUACCGAGGUAAACAAUAUAUUUAGGCUUUUUGUUGUUAGUUCUGAACAUUUACAAUGGUGUCUUGAAUGCAUCAACAGUUCUCAUGA